CUCCGCUGAUAGGCGCCAAGUGUCUACGCAACGCGCUAAAGCGACGGUCGUGGCCACCGGCCCUCAUAUACCCUUGUUUUACCAAAGGGCCAAGCCAGCCUCUACGGAACGCAACAAGACGUGCAUAAAACGUGAGCUUUUGUUGCCUUCGCUUGGGCCAAACCAGCAAACCCUACGUCUAAAAAUAUUACCAUAUAUUUUCACUGCUUUGUGCCAAUAGCUAACGAGAAGCAGUCAUGAACCGGCGUCACAUCAAGUGUGUCCUUCUGAUGGUCGCAAGCGGCUUUGCUAUCGCCGCAGAAGACAACCUGAUCGAGUCCUUCUACGAAAACCAGCGAGAGUCGCGACCUCGGUUCGUGAACCCGGCGAAAAUGGAGAACGCCAUCAAGGUUCAGCCCAUCGGCGGCAGCGUGAGACUUAACUGCCGAGCUACAGGCGUGCCCGAGCCCCGGGUCGCGUGGUUCAAGAACGGCCAACCACUGACCUUCGCCGCCUCCAACCGAGAAAACGGACAGAGGUACACUCUGCUGCUCACGGACCUCGUCCGCAACGACAGCGGCGAAUACACGUGCGUCGUCUCCAACCAACUCGGCUCCGUGCAGUGGACGUACACGGUCGAAGUUCACGAGCGGUUCAUUCCGACGCCCACCAUAGUAUGCCCGUUCUCCAAUGUCACCGUGGCGGAAGGUGAAAGCCUGAGCAUCGCGUGCAACGUCUACAGCCACCUGACGGCGUUCGUGCGUUGGAUCAAGCACUACCACAUCAGCGGGAGCUACUUCGACCGGAACGGAGCCCCGUACGCUAAGUUGGUCAAGGACGCUGCGCUCGCCGACGUCACGGACCCUCACACGUUGACGCUGUAUAACAUCACGCUCGCUGACUCCGGCUUUUACUCGAUACUGGCGAGCUCGCCAUCGGGGGCCUCGCACAAGACGAUCGAAGUUCUCGUCGUGCCAAAGCCUUUCCCGGGCUUGUGAGCUUCCCGGAUAGAACAAAUGAUGUGGAAAACUGCAGUUUCAUCAGCCCAUAUGCUGAUCCAAUUUGCCAUACAAACGCUUCGGCUACUACUUAAUGCAGAAGAACUUGUUAAAGCUGAUGCCAUUAAAUGAAGUGACUCAGGAGUUGCAGUUGAUGAAAUUAUCUCUUAUUUGUCACUCAGUAGUGUGGUGCUACGUUUACACGGCAGACAGGCGAAAUGUGUGAAAGGUUUGUAAUAAACUGAACAGAAUUUUAUUUGCAACAAUGUCUACUAUAUGGUUAUCAACA